UGAGGAUCGCUUCUGGAGGAGGAGGGAAUGGAACCGACCAGAAGCGACUGGGUGCAAUGCCCAAGGAUGAGUAGAGACUAGCAUGCCAAUGGGGGGACAAAGAGACGAAAGUAACCAGGAGAAGUGGGGCGGGCUUGCAGCAGGAUCGUAAUGUAUGGGCUCCCCACGGCCCCCUCCAGCCCCGCCAGCAGAUCUCCUGCCUUGAGCCGUUUGCAAUGAUCGCCCAGCUCGGGGCUAUUGUUCUCUGGUCUCCGAUUCUGCUAAGAAGCUGGACUCGUUCAGGGAGGACGCAAAGGAAGAUGCUAUGAGGCUGGUGUUCUGCUGGUGUGGGCUCACCGAUGGAGGUCCAGCUGGUUACAGUGAAAGAAGAGACAGCGCCGGUAACACCCCCCAUCUGUCCCCUAUGCCAGGAGCUGCCGAUUCUUGCUGGGUGCAAAGGGCAAGUUCCACAGUGCCAGGGCUGCAAAAGCCUCUUGUUAGAGCCCCACAGAUGGUUGCCUGGCAACCCAGAGACCCUGUCCCUCCCUGCUGAGAGGCCCUACAGCUGCUCUUUUUGCCCCAAGCGCUUCAAGAGGGCCUCGGACCGACGCGACCAUGAACGGGUACAUACGGGCGAAAGGCCAUAUGGCUGUGGCAUCUGUGGCAAGCGCUUUACUCAGAGCUCAGUGCUCUCUGGCCACAUGCGCAUUCAUACUGGCGAGCGGCCCUUCCGCUGCGGCGUCUGUUUUAAGUCUUUUAACAAUGGCUCAAACUUCCGCAAGCACCAACGCAUCCACAGUCAACCCUUUGGUUAUAGUGAGAAGGGGGACGAUGGGAAAGACUGUGCCCUUCUUCUUGAGAAGAAACGGAGCCAAUUAGCUGAAGGACAAGAUGGCUGCAGUAUAAGCCAUGGCCCCCCACCAAGACAAAAUGGCUACCAAAUGAUCAAAGAACUGAGGGAAGGUGAGAACAAGAGGGGCCAUGACCCAAAAAGGAGGCAAAGCGGCCCUUAUGGAAAAGGCUUAAGCCAAGAUGGCAACUGCAGUAGCAACCUGAGGCAAGCUGGUGUUGAUGUGGACCAUUUCACGAGUACGAAACUAAGGCAAGAUAAUGCUAAUUGUGGUCCUAACCUUGACAUGAAGCAAAGUAGCCAUUCUAAGGGUCUAAGACAGGCAAGUGAUAGAAAAGAACAUGUUGGGGUACUGGGGGGAAAUGGUGACUGUGGCCAGGAGGUGACUCAAAAUGGCCAUGGCUUCAGACGACCGAAGUAUGUUACUGGUGAAAAUCCUACUCUAGGUCUGAGGCAAAAUAGAGCAGGUGAAAGCCACACUCAGGGCGAGCAGAAGCCUCAUCUUGACACCCCCAAUGGUAAGUUACAGCUAGAUGACAGCAGUUGUGGAAAAGGCCUUUUGCAAGUUGGUAGCAACAGGACCUAUAUCCACAAGCUGAGUCAAGAGAGUGGAGUCGGGGGCUAUUUAGUAAGGAGAACAAAUGGAGGCUACCUCAGAGGGCUGAAGCAUAGCAGUGGGGAGAGCAUCAGUGCACACACAAAACAGAAUGGCAGAGGUGGAAGCCAUGCCAAUGCACUGAAUCCAAGCAGGGCCAUCAGCACCUUGGAGCCAAGACGAAAUAGACACCAAGGUGUUGCUGCCAGUGACCUGAGACAAAACGACACUGGCCACUUCCAAUUGCUGAGACAAGACAGUGGCAGCAACAAAAAGAAACAAGUGGAAUUUCAAGUGUGUGCCCAGGGGAAGAGUAAUGUUCUCACAACAAAAGUGUCUGCCUGGGCCUGCCCUGAUAGGGGCAAUGUCAUGGACUGGGAAGAGACCAAUGUGGGGAUAAGAGAAAGGACUGAAUUUGAAGGAUGCUCUUCCUUAGACAUGCCUGCUAGCAUAUCUCCCUGGGAACAGGAGGGUCCUGAGCCAUGUUCUUUGCCUUACAAUAAUUCUGUAUCCCCUGGUUGCUGCUCCUUACAGGAUGAGUUCAGAAGUUCCCCUCAGCACUGGCAAGAAGGUAGCUCUACACCUUCUUUUCCUUUCCAAGAUCCCGGGCCCUAUGAUCAGCACUCCCAGUCAGCAUUUGAUUCCAAGCCCUUUCUCUGCUUUGCAUGCCCCAAGCAGUUCCGUCGUGCCACAGAUCUGAAGGAGCAUCUACGGGUGCACACGGGUGAAAGGCCCUUCGGCUGCACUGUCUGUGGCAAACGGUUUACGCAGAGCUCAGCCCUGGCCACUCACCGGAGACUGCACACUGGGGAGAAGCCCUUUGAGUGUGCUGUGUGCUGCCGGCGUUUCAAUAACUCUUCCAAUUUUGCCAAACAUCGCCGGCUUCAUGGGCAGGAGGGUGCAGGACUUGGUGGUAAAGUGGUAGAGAAAGAACAAUGGAGUGCCAAGCCACAGUGAUGUUUUAGGAAGUUCUCCAUUGGGAGAUGGAACACUAUAGCUGUAGUCCGGGCUGUGGGCACUUCUGCACCACUGCAGUAUUGAACGCUGGUUCCAGUGUCUUGAGAAUUUCAUUUUUAACUUUACAGAAAACAGCAAGUUUCUAGUCCUUCAGGUAUGUUUCAGAUAUAAUGCCAAACUAUGGUUCUGUUUCAUAAGCAAGCCUCAGGCUUGAGCACUCCUUCCUCUAGUGCUUUCUGGUUCUUGGCAAAUAACACAUUGCCUGCAAACUAGACCCAAAGACUACAGUCAAAUCAAAUCAUUUUGUUUCUUAUUCUGGUUUGCAGGUAAACUGUGUCUUGUGUAGACCACGUUUGCAAAGAUCUAGGUACAGGAGGAAAUUGAGCAUAUAGGGGGAGGAGGAAGCGUACAUCAACCUGAAACCCAAGUACUUAAAGAAGUGGCUUCCCAAAUAUUAUCCCAACUGGAUAUUGUGAUUUGCAGGGGCUGCCCUACAUCUUGUUCUGUCCUUGGUGGCCAUCAGUAGGGCAGUGACUCUGGACACUAUAUGUGGAACUCCCUUCUAGGGGAUAUUCAUUUGGCCUCCACAUGAGAAAUCUUUAAACAUAAGUUAAAAACAUUUUUAUUUACCCAGGCCUUUGGGUCAAAUUGUGGUGUGGUCUGCUUCUGCUGCUGUGAGAUAGCUUGAUGGUAUUUGAUAAAAAACUGUAUAUUUGUUUUGCUGUUUUAUUUUUAGUGUUAGGCCAUCCUGUGCUCCUACUGGAGGCAGGGUGAGGUACAAAGCUGAUGCAUUAAUAAGUCUGAGGCUCAGUCAUGUAACUCCAAAGCAUGUUUGGCAUUACAUCUAAAAGGAGCCAAGGCUGGGAUCUUGCAGAUGUUUUUGUUUAUGAUUACUUGUGAACCAAAUCUUACUCUGGUUUGGCAUUACAUCUGAACCAAACCAACGAAGAGAAGUCUGAACGCGCAUGGCUAACGUUUGGUAAAAUUUCUGAAAUGGGGGCAAGGGAUGGAGGGUUGCUAGCAGAGCAGAAAUUUGAGCAAUCAGUGCCUUGUACAGGUAUCUGCCCCUUUCCCACUGUGAAAUAAGCACGUUACCAUUUGCUUAAUUUGCAUAACUACAUAAUUGCUAGAGUGUAGGUGGUUUUGGCUGCAAUCCUAUAUCCAUUUACUUGGGAGAAAGCACCACUGAACUCAUUAGCCUCAAGAGACAUGGGAUUGUGCUAUUAGACACCAAAACUGGGGUAUGUUGAUGCAGUAUUGUUUUUGUUUUUAAAGCAGAUGCAUGGUCCUGCUCGUAGCAACCACAACACACACAUUUUUAUGUGUGUUCUUACCUACAAGAGGGCAAAUUUUAAAUGAUUUUUUAAAAAAAACAUGCAACUGGAAAAAGCUGUAAGUAAAAAUAAGAUUUGUUCAUGUUAUGCCUGCAAUGAUGCAAGUUGGGGAAAAGGUCUUUAGGAAAAAGGUCUCUCAGAGUCUUUUAAACGUCAGUAAAAAUCCAAAGGCAGAAAUAAAAUCUUCUGUAAGUUGUUGCAAUCA